UCGAAGAAGAGGAAGAAGAAGACCGUUGCAGUAAAAUGGUUCAGUCGAGCAAAGGUUAGGAUACUUUCACACACUGUGGCUCAUGUUUGUUGGUAAGGGUAAUUAUCAUGGGAUUUGUCUCGUUUGUGUGUCGUCCGGAGUAAAGUUUUAGCUGGUGGAAAUAUUAUAUUACAUCGUUUGCCGUGGACGCUUCGAAGUUGACGAGAAUUGCAUUAGGAAAAAAGGUGAAUGCGGCAAGAGAAGUGCUUAACUGAAGUCAUCACUCGAAAGGCCAUGCAAUGCUUUCUGGAUGUCCCAACAGUCAAGGAGCUGUCAGUCCUCCAACACCUCAGGACAAUCAAACAACAAGAAAUACCAGCAGUUAGUACACAUCCUAGUACAACACAAGGGGAUAUCUUCUCUUGAGAACUUUCUAACAGUCUGGUAGCAAAAGUGGACAACAAAGCGAAUCUUCCAGUGAGAAUUUUAGUUAGCAUUUCCUGAAAGUUUAAAAUUUUGGACUGGAGCAACUACUGGAAUCUGUCCCACUUCAGAGAGAGUCUCAGCCCAAAUGUUUUCUUUGCAAGAAUCUGUAUCUGGGUCUGCACAUCAUCCCCAUUGUUUUACAUUUUGCCAAAAGGGGACCCUGCUGAUUUCAACUCCUUAAUUAGAACUUCAUCUUCGUUGGAUAAAAUGAGUUCCAACAUUGAACUUAAUUUUGAUGAUUUUUCAGAUGAAAGACGUUACAAGAAUCAGGAAGUAGGAAGUUCCCUUGUUUCUCAAAACUCUGGACUGAAGAAGAGAAAAAUUCUAGAUCAUUCAGAGGGAACUCUUGCCACCCUCUCUCAGAAGAUCUGCCCUUUCUCCCUUAGGAGCCAGCUAUCUAAAGGUGAAGUCUUGGAAUUUGAAAAAGCCAAACCAAUGACAAAUGACCAAAUAUUAGACUUUAUUGAAAAAGAGGUUGCAUUACUAAAGUCUGCUCCAAGAAGGAAGGAUGAUAUAGAGUGGCAAAGAUUCAGCCCUGUUCAUAAUGAGCAGUGCACUACUGCACCUGGACAAGAAGAUGAUUCAAUUCCUUUGCUGCCCUUUGAACUAUCUUCCAGGUCUAAAGGGAAAUGUGACAUGUCUGCAUCAGAGAAAUGUUUAACAGAUGAUCAACAUGUCAUGUUGGAAGUUGCUGCCUCUUGCAUAACGAAUGAAGCAGAGAGUCCAGUGACUGUCACCGAGCGAGAAGAUAUCAGCCUAAAACCAGUUGAGGGAGUAGGCUUAGGCAGAGUGCACAGUAUGAUUGAUGGAAAUCAAGAUGCAAAUGCAAACACACAGAAGAACACUGAAGACCAACAGUACUACCAUGUUGAGUCUAAGGAGAUAGCUGAACUUUCCUGCCUAGCUUCAUUAACUGAUAAAAUUGAGAUUAAUAAUAUGCGAUCAGUCACUGUGAAUCAAAGUGAACAAUCAGUGUGCAGCCAAACAAGUUCCAAAAAUAUGGAGGAGGAUGCAACUGGUGUGUAUUUACAGGCUGAUUUAAGCAUAUCACUUCCUGUGAAUAAAAAAAUCACACCUCCAUGUAGACCUGAAGGUGAAGCUACAACUGUGGCAGUUUUAAAUGCUCCACAAUAUGAAGAUAUUUCAGAUGAUGAAGACUUACCAAGGCUGGACAUGAAUCUCCUGAACACAAAACAAGAGGGAAAAGGGUUUGCAGACCCUUCAUAUGAAGAUAUAAGUGAAGAUGAAAAUCUGCAGUUUCAAAAUAUAGCUGAAGAAAUGCCUUCACCUCCAUGUGAAGUGUCUGAAGGCAGUGCUAUGCAGUAUGAACCUGUACAGAAUCAGGCCAAGAUAAAUCCCAGUUUAACUGAGGAACUGAUUCCAAAGGAACAAAUGUCAUCAAAGACAGAAACACUUGACCCAGCACAACAUUGCUCUUGUCCAUGCUUUGUUGAAAGUGAGGAUGGGUUUGAACGUGUAUUAUGUCCCAAAUGUGACAGUGAGAAACAUUUAAAAUGGCAAACAAGCCACUCCUUUAGGCCCCUCUUUGUUACACAACAUCAAGGGGAGACUGAAGAGGCUGCUGAUGAGGACAGUGAGUGGCUAGUCAUACCUGUAAAUGUUACAGAUGUUAAUUGGGAACCAGCAGGUGAAGGCCAGGCUGAUGGAGAAAACAGUUCACAAAGUGAUGGAGAACAUGAAAACCAAGUAAAACAGAGUGACACAAAUGCAGCAGUCUGUGAGGUACCCAACUCUGUUCCAAACAGAGUACCAGCUGCUGCUUUUCCACCAAUGGAGGUUUUUGACACAUUUUGUCAGCAAGUAAAAGCCAUACAGUCUAGGGAGACAACCCUACAAUCCCCCCUGGUACCGUCUUCCUGGGGUAUAGCUGAGACAAAAGCACAUAGACCUCAAAAUAGAGAGUCCCACUGUGAUCCUGAAGACAGCUGUGAAACUGAAGACAGUUCUGAUUACUCAUCUGAUUCAGAACAUAACUACCUGACAGUGUCCACACAGUUCGUAAAGAGCCUGUCAGUGCCUGCAUCUCCAGAGACAGUUGACUCUGAUUCGGAAAAAGAAAAUGAAGAUCAUGAGAUGCCAAAUUUGCAACAGUGUCAAACCAGGGACAGACGCAAGUCUUCAGGAAAUGAUGAUAUAAUAAACCUUGAUUCUGAUACAGAGGACGAAGGUUUCCAAAAUUGUGCAGAGACAAAAACAAAGAGAUUAUUCUCUAUGCGCACACAGAACAGUGGAGCUACCUGCCUUAAUCAACUGAAAAAACUUUCUCCUGAAACUGUGGAUGGUCAGUGUGGAACUGUGAAAGAACCCCUUAACACAAAUAGACUUCGAUCUGCAGAUUCACCAGCAUCACACUGCCAGUCCAGAUGCUAUCAAGAAGUGAUCCAGACUAGAAAUGCUCAGCUUUCACAAAGGACAGAAAAAUAUGGGCAUUUACUUGAAAACAAAACUGGAUCUCAUCAUUUGAAAAAAGAGGUCCCCAAACAAAUCGUUUCAGAUGAUCCAAGUGUUAUCGUAAUAUUUGACAGUGACGAUGAAGGAAAACAAAGCAACAGACAGGAGAAGAGGAAAGGCAUACUCGCCUCUGAGUCGAUGAGUGCGGGCAGUACUUCGUGUGGUCAACAAAGAAGGGAUAAUGAAAAGAAGGAAAGUGCUAAACCUAAUGACAGAGAGCCCAGUGUUUCUUCUGCAGAUUCAUCAAAGUCACAGCACCAGUCCCAACUUCAGCAUGUGCAGUUAAAAGAAAAGAGACCAGAUGAACGCCCAUCACACGGUACAAAGAAGAGAAAGCUGAUCAAAGUUAGAGUGCAUCCUGAUCAUGUUCAUCAAAAACCCGAAAGACAAACUACCUCAAAUACUGUGGAAAGAGACACAGCAAACCUUAUGAAAAACAAGACAAAUAUAGUCUCGUCAGAAACUGAGGAUAGCGAUGAUGCCUCAGUUGAUGCCCAGAGCAGUCAUUGUGCCAGCAAAAAAAAACAAAUCAGUCUGUCGGGCACGGACUCCUCGAAGAAGCUGCCACAGUCUGUGGACAAGGAUGUAGACUCAACUAAAACUCACCAUGAGCAUUUUCAACAAAAGGCAAAAAUAGAAAUGGCCUCAAAAACAGUGGAAAGAGAAGUAGAAAAAGACCUUAAACUGAAGAGAAAAACUAGAGUACUGUCAUCAGAACCAGGGGACACCUAUGAUACCUUAAUUUAUGCGCAAUCCAGUCAGUCUGUGGUUGACUCCAUUAAAGUUUGCCGUGAGCAUGUUCAACGAAAGACCCAUGGGCAUAUGACUUCAGAGAAAAUGGGCAGAGAACUUAAAAAAGGCCUUAUCAAACACAAACGAAAAACUCGAGUACUCACAUCUAUGCACAGCUCAUCUAGUUCCAAGGAAUGCUUGUCUUCAACCAAACGACAGCGGUCAGACGCUUACAGCAACUCUUCAACAUUAAAUCAGUCUUGCGCUCCCACAAAAGGCCCAUCGUCCUCUAUAUCCAUGCCGUCAUCAGCAAAGGAACAAGUAUUCCAUGACUGGCAAAAUAGCUUUGUGCCAACCAGGAGAGACCGUAAAGCUAGUCUCAGGAACAGUUGUGACUCUCUAAGGGAAGCUAGACCUGGACCAAGUCACCAUGGCAAGGCACACAGACAGAGACACAGAUCCUAUGAGUCUCUACCUGCUCUGGGAAAGAGGUGCAAGAAUGAAGCCAUACAGAUGACAAAGGACAGAAAACAGGACGCUCAAUGGAAACAAGGAUUUCCUGUGAGCCAAGGCUACAAGUGCAAGAAUCAAGCAGACUUCAUGGCUAACAAAAGGCCAGGGAAGAGGUUCAGUUCUCCUCCAAGGCCUCACCACUGAAGAGAAAAACAUUCCACAACUCCAGCUCCCACGGGGGCAGACUGCGUGGCCAACCAGCAGUUAUUGUUAUAUCUGGUGCGUUUAUCGACGCACUUGUGUAAAACAAAGAAUUUAUAUGUUCAGUAUUUUACCUGUUCCUGUAUUAAAAUUCAAAUUUAAGCUGUUGACUGUUUUUCCCUCUGAAAACUGUUUAUUUGAAAGUUUGCAAACACUUUAUUUUUUUUAAUUGGUUACUCACUUUUUAAGUUGAUUUUUUUUCUUACUUUGAAUAUAGUAUACAACAUGGCAGUGUUUAUUUUAAAAUCUUACUUUUUAAAUACAGUGAUUGUUAAUAGAUCCAUUGUUGUUUGACUUCUGAAUAGUUUAUUUCACUGCACUGUAAAAUGCUGUAUUUGCUCACUUUGUUUAAAUGAGUGCCUGUGUGAAUCUUACACCCAUUAGCCACAACUUUAAGACUGCUGACAGGUGAAAUGAAUAAAACAAUCUAAUUACAGUGUUCUG